GAAGACACACAUGCGCCUGUUGGUUGCAUUGGCGGACUGUCGUAGUGCACCCAUUGAUCCCCAUUGAUCACAAUGGCACAGUGGCAGACGGAGUCCGAGUGUUGUUUUUGCUAGACUGUUCACAGGUUCACUUCAAUGCAAGUGGACCAUUGAGAUGAUCCGCCCACAAGAUCGAGAAUAUGGUAUACAGCAUGCAUUGGCGUACUGCCUUUUGUGGUUCAUCGGCGCCCUGAAUUUGCUCAAGUCAGGACGUUGAUUGGAGUUUCUUAGGUUCCCCGCACCCAACGUGUGAGCUUGGAGCUUGCUUUGGACAAUUGGAGCCAUGCCAAUCCUGAAGUAUUCUGGGACAUUCAUUUGCGUGGAGGAGAAGAGGAUUGAAAAGCGAACCAAGAGCCUGCCGCCAGUACUGGCAAGGCCCUCGCUAUCCAGGACCGAGAUGUACGUGUCUUCCUUGGAAUCCCACGCGGAUGCUUUGUCCUUCCUUCCGGAGAAGCCUCCGCCUACACCCAACUCCACAGAAGGAACGGCUAUGGAAACCGGUGCCACGCAGAACGAGAUGCCGCACUCAGCUUUCCCUUCUGCGGGCAGUGUUGGUCAUCCAGAAUUGUGUCGAAGGCCUUGCAUCCUCUUCAAGCACGGUGCUUGUCACAAAGGUGCGAAUUGUGAAUAUUGCCACUGCAACCACACCGAGUAUGUGAAGUUGGACAAAUAUCAGCGUGAAACACUCCACGCUCUUUCGCCGGCAAAUGUGCUGGGAUUGGUACUGCCUCACCUUCGAAAACGUGCAACGAAGAUGGAUGAUCCCAAUGCUCCAGAAGAGGUGCUUGGGCUGAUGGAGCAGUACCUGGCCUCGAUGCCAAGCGAGACGAACAAGUGGAUUCCUGUCUGGAAGUUGGCGAAAUUGAAUCACACGUUGAGCCAGAUGUGUUUUCUCCGCUUGGUCAACCUUUGCCCUUGUCGCACGCUGCCACACAUCCAGUACGCCAUUGAAAUGCUGCAGCAGCAGUACAGCGGCAGCGAGUGAUCACGUGAGAUUUUGACCAGUGCAAGCCACCCCUUUUGCCCGGACA